UCAAAGAUUUUGCUUUGCUGGAUCGUUUUACAUGCUGGAGCCAAUGGACAAUCACAAUUUUGUCAGCUUUACGAUGAAAAUAACACUGUUUUGACUUCAACGAUUACAUUGUCAACUUCAGAAUGUAGCUUUAAUUGUGGAACGUCGCCAACAUGCAUGAAAUUUAGUGUUUGCAAACAUGCACAAACAGAGAAUUGUACGGAUUAUACGGCGAUUAGCAGAACAAACUGCGGACAUUCAGCCUCAAACAUCGUGUGUAUCCUGUUUUCCAAGGAAAAGAACGCAUACACUCAACCUUCAACCGAACAGACAUCAACUACUGCUGUGGAAUCAACUACAGUGAGUAAUGAAAUAACCACCGAACACUCAUCAACUUCAAUUACAACAACUACGACAGUUAGUUCUACAACGACUUCACAAACAACAGAACAACCGACCACAACAACAACACAAGCAAUAACGACUACACAACCAACGACAACAGUACAACCGACGACAACGGCACAACCGACGACAACAACAGCACAACCCACGACAACGCAACAAACAACAACAACACAAACAACAUCUACAUCAGCAGCAACCACAACAACUCCAGCAACAACAACAACAACAACAGUGGACCCAAUGUGUAUUUCUUAUCCUGCACUUUGUCAGUGAAUUUAUGUUUUGAUUUGUGAAACUGUUCCAAAAAAAUAAGAAUAAAU